GCAGUGGUGCUACACUGAAGGUAUGCCCUGAUUGCAGUGGUGCUACACUGAAGGUAUGCCCUGAUUGCAGUGGUGCUACACUGAAGGUAUGCCCUGACGGCAAUUGUGCUACACUGAAGGUAUGCCCUGAUUGCAGUGGUGCUACACUGCAGAUAUGCCCUGAUUGCAGUGGUAUGGUACUACACUGAAGUGGUACUACACUGAAGGUAUGCCCUGAUUGCAGUGGUGCUACACUGAAGGUAUGCCCUGAUUGCAGUGGUGCUACACUGAAGGUAUGCCCUGAUUGCAGUGUUGCUACACUGAAGGUAUGCCCUGAUUGCAGUGAUACUACACUGAAGGUAUGCCCUGAUUGCAGUGGUGCUGCACUGAAGGUAUGCCUUGAUUGCAGUGUUGCUACACUGA